CUUAACAAAAUUUGUAGGUAGUCACAGCGUAUAAAAACCUUCCCACACUGAGGAACUUAUCUAUAACUAAUUUUCUUUCUUCGUUUUCAAAAUGUUGUGGAAAUCGUGUUUCCCGGGAAAGUGGAAGCAUAAACGGUGGAAAAACUCGAAACUGUACUCGACGAAAAUUCAAAUACAGCGAACCCAAAGCACCCACAUAGUCUCCACAAACAUUGCCAUAACUCGGCACGCAAAAAAUGGCCAGUUAGAUAUUGCUCGUAAUCUGUUCGAUCAAAUGUCAACUCGAACAGUUGUGUCGUGGAAUAUCAUGGUUUCUGGUUACUCAAAUUGGGAAAAAUAUGACGAGUCUCUUAAUUUAGUUUCAACAAUGCAUCGUAGCAAUUUCAAGCUCAAUGAAACAACUUUUUCUACUACUUUAAGUGUGUGCGCGCAGUUGAAGUCUUUAAUUGAUGGAAAACAGAUUCAUUGUCAUGUUUUGAAAUGUGGGUAUGAGAAGUUUGAGUUUGUGGGCAGUUCUUUGUUGUAUUUUUAUGCAAAAUGCUUGGAAAUAGAGGAAGCUAGGCGGGUUUUUCAAGAGUUGCAUGAUGAUAAUGAGUUGUUGUGGACUUUGAUGCUUGUGGGUUAUGUGCAAUGUAACUUGAUGAGUGACGCUUUGGACGUGUUUAUGAAUAUGAAAAGAAGGGAUGUGGUGGCGUGGACUAAGCUGAUUUCAGGUUAUGCGAAGAGUGAAGAUGAUUGUGAGAAGGCUUUGGAGUUGUUUUCGUGGAUGAGAGAGAGUGGUGAGGUUAUGCCAAAUGAAUAUACUUUUGAUACUGUUAUAAGGGUUUGUAGCAGACUUGGUGUUUUGUGUGAAGGCAGGGUUAUUCAUGGGAACUUGAUAAAGUAUGGUUUUGAAUUUGAUCACUCGAUUGGAUGUGCUCUGAUUGAAUUUUAUUGUGGUUUUGAUUUUGUUAAUGAUGCUAAGCGAGUUUAUGAUAGAAUGGUAAAUCCAUGUUUGAAAUCUUCAAAUUCACUUAUGAAUGGGCUUAUAUUGAUAGGUAGGAUUGAAGAAGCAGAACUGAUAUUUAACAGACUGACAGAAGCUAAUUCUGUUUCGUAUAAUUUGAUGAUUAAAGGUUAUGCAGCCAUGGGUCGAGUUUUAGAUUCAGAAAGAUUGUUUGAGAAAAUGCCUCACAGAACAAUAAUAUCUACGAAUACUAUGAUUAGUGUGUAUUCAAGGAAUGCUGAAAUUAAGAAAGCUGUGGAACUUUUUGAAGAAACAAAAGGGGAAAGGAAUCCAGUGACUUGGAAUUCUAUGAUGUCCUGUUACAUUCAAAACGAUCUGCAUGAGGAAGCUUUGCAACUUUAUUUGACAAUGUGCAGAUUAGGAAUAGACCGUACUAGAUCGACAUUCUCUGUUCUGUUUCAUGCAUGCUCAUGCCUUGGAUCUCUGCAGCAAGGAAAAUUACUCCAUGCACACUUGGUUAAAACACCAUUUGAGUCCAAUGUUUAUGUGGGAACAUCCCUCAUUGACAUGUAUUCCAAAUGUGGGAGCCUCACAGAAGCUCAAGCAUCAUUUAGCAGCAUCUCUGCACCCAAUGUGGCAGCUUGGACUGCUCUUAUUAAUGGAUAUGCACAUCAUGGGCUUGGCUCUGAGGCAGUGUUACUCUUUGAGCGCAUGCUAGAGCAAGGAGUGGUACCAAACACUGCUACUUUUGUUGCCGUGCUGUCUGCUUGUGGUCGUGCUGGUCUAGUCAGUGAAGGGAUGGCGAUGUUCCACUCAAUGGAAAGAUGUCACAGAGUAAUCCCUACAUUAGAACAUUAUGCAUGCAUGGUCGAUCUUCUUGGUCGGGCAGGCCAUCUACAAGAAGCUGAGAAAUUCAUCAAAGAGAUGCCAAUUGAAGCAGAUUGGGUUGUCUGGGGAGCUUUGCUUAGUGCUUGUUGGUUCUGGAUGAACCUGGAAGUGGGUGAGAGGGUGGCUGAGAAGCUGUUCAGCUUGGAUUCCAAGCCAAUAUCUGCUCUUGUUAUUCUGUCCAACAUAUAUGCCAUAUUGGGGAAGUGGGGAGAAAAGAUGCUCCUGAGAGAAAGAUUGAAAGGCUCAGAAGUGAAAAAGGAUCCUGGAUGUAGUUGGAUAGAGCUGAGUAGCCGAGUUUAUGUGUUUUCUGUUGAAUACAGAAAUUAUCCAAAUUGUGAUUUGAUAUAUGCUACUUUGGAGCAUCUAAAUACAAAUCUUAACUCGAUUGUCCAAAAUCUUAAUUCCAUUGUCCAAUUUGAUUGAUAUUCGAUGUCAAUACAAAGUCUAGUUAUUUUA